AUGAGUCGAUCACUGCUGCGCUCCGUCUUGGAGCUCAGGACACCCAUCACGCGCCUGCCGCCGACCUUCCUCCUCCCGAUCCACACCCGAAGCUUCAACUCUACGGCGCCAAUCAUUGAGCCCGCCGGAGCCACCCAGGAUGAGCCUCCCGUUGCUGCGCAGACCUCUUCAAUAGCACAACAGGCCGCCGCCCAGAUCGCUACGCAGACUUCAACACCAUCCCCGACGACCCCGAUUUCCGAAUCCGUCCAGACGGCCCUUCCCUUCUUAGCGGCCCAGCCCAACCACUACAUCACCUUCCACAUCCACGGACGCCCGUACCUUGUUCAACCUGGCGACAGCGUUCGCCUGCCCUUCAAGAUGCCCGGCGUCGUUCCCGGCGAUAUCCUCCGCCUCAACCGUGCCUCCGUCAUCGGUAGCAGAGAUUACACUCUGAAAGGCUCACCCUUCAUCGACGAGCGAGUGUACGAGUGCCGUGCCGUGGUGACGGGCACCGAGAGCGAGCCAAUGCGGUUGAAGACCAAGACGAAGAGGAGGCAGCGGAGGGUGAAAACGGUCAAGAGCAAGCACCGCUACACGAUUCUGACGGUUAGCGAGCUGAAGAUCAAUGCUCCCGAGGAGAUUGAGGCUUGA